AUGCAGGUUAAUAAAUGCCAAUGGUGUGAAAAACAAGAGAAGAAACAAGAUCAACACUUUCCUGGUUUUCUCUGUAGGGAGUGGGGGAAUGCAGAAAAGGACAAUGAACAAGUUCAAGGGGGAACAUGCAUAUAUCCCAAGUUACAAGGAUCGUUGAAUGAACAAAGAUGGUAUGGCCAUGGGAUGAAGUGGGGUGAGACUGGAUGGGACGGAAGUGACAAUAUGGCUGAGUUUGUCCUUGAAAAAGUUAUCGGGAAUUUGAGUUCACUCGUUCGAAAAGAGUUGGGACUAUUUCUGGGUUUUGAUCAAGACUUGGAGAGACUUGCUAGCUUGUUCACUGCAAUCAAGGCUACGCUUGAAGAAGCUGAGGAGAAACAAUUCUCAAACAAAGCUAUAAAGGAUUGGCUGGAAAAGCUAAAAGAUGCAGACAUUCUGGAUGACAUCAUUGAUGAGUGUGCAUAUGAAGCAUUGAGGUUGGAGUACCAAGGGGUCGUCAAGUGUGGUCUAUCAGACAAGGUACGAAGCUCUUGCUUAUCCUCUUUUCAUCCCAAAUAUGUUGUUUUCCGCUACAAAAUUACUAUGAAAAUGGAAACGAUAAGUGAGAGAUUAAAGCAAAUUGCUGUUGAAAGGACUAAUUUUCACUUGACUGGGAGGGUUCCUGAGAGAAGGAGCGGAGUCCUUGAGUGGCGGCAAACCACCUCAUUGAUCCCUGAACCACAAGUCUAUGGAAGGAAAGAAGACACUGAUAGAAUUGUAAACUUUUUAAUUGAUGAUGCUUCUCAUUUCGUGGAUUUAUCGGUCUAUCCAAUCAUUGGUCUAGGUGGACUUGGAAAACAACACUUGCCCAAUUCAUCUUCAACCAUGAGAGGAUAA